AGUGCAAUCUUACCUUUACUGGCUUGCAAAGCUGCAUAGAGUCUCGCGACUUGUUAAGACUUACACGUAUAGAUUAAUAAGUGAAUGGACUUUAAUCCAAUAAACAACAAUUAGUGCUAGUGAUUGUGUUCAUUGUUGUUUUGUGAGAGGAACUUUCGAACAGCCACAAGAUUGAUCUGGAGCUACAGCGACAGGCCAGCAAUGGCCAUUUUAUGAGGUAUAUCUCCGUCAGCCAAAUGUGUGACCGCGGAUUCAGCGCGGCUGAGGGACUUUCAAGGAUGGCUUCCUUAGGCGGAGCCGCCUUGGGAGUCCCCCAAUCGAUACAAUCAAGUCAAGCGAUCAAGAAACAAGAGGACCAUAUUAAGAGGCCUAUGAAUGCCUUUAUGGUAUGGUCUAGAUUGCAACGGCGGAAAAUCGCACAAGAGAAUCCGAAAAUGCACAAUUCCGAGAUCUCCAAGAGGCUGGGUGCGGAAUGGAAGUUAUUGACGGAAGAUGAGAAAAGGCCAUUUAUUGAUGAAGCCAAACGACUAAGAGCGAUGCACAUGAAAGAACAUCCGGACUAUAAAUAUAGACCGAGACGUAAACCGAAAACUUUGCGAAAGGAGGGAUACCCUUAUUCGAUACCUUAUCCAUCGGUACCUAUGGAUGCUCUACGAGCAGGUAUGGCUGCUACUAGUAUGAGUCAAUCUAUGGCUUCUUACUAUAAUCCUUCAGCAGCUUAUGGUUCACUUAGUGCAGCUUCUAUGGCUGCGGCAGCCGCAGCUGCACAACAAUCUGCUGCUGCAAUGUCUGCAGGAUUAGCGGCACCAGCACAGGUUGUUAGUUCAAUGGAUGCCAUGAAAUACUCAAUGGAAGCCGACAAGUACCGUUCGCCAUAUAUGCCACCAUCAACUCUGGCGAUGUCUAUGUACUCAGAUCCAAAAUAUAUGGACACUUCUUCAAAAAGCUAUCUCGAACGGGGGUACCUUGAUUCUACAUCUGCUCUUACCAAAGCUUAUUUCGAAUCUUCAAAAAUGUAUAUGGAUGCAAACAUUGCAAACAAAUAUAGUCCUGAUACCUCCAGGAGUUAUUCACACGGUCUAGAUAUCGGCAAAAUGUAUUCAGACCACCACCAGCAACAACAGCAACAUAGCCAGCAAGUUCCAAUGAGUUCGCCUCGAUCUUCGGACUCCCCAGAUAUAAAACCUAUUCAAGAGAGGCUAGAAGGCAGUUCUUCAUCCAGUUCAACAACAACAUCAUCUGCAGGCGCUUCUCCUGGUGCCCUGCAGGGAUAUUAUCCUUCAAGUGCAAUGCAGCAAAGUACUGCUGGUUUACUGCCGAUGGCACAAUACGCCGGGCAGUACCCUUCUCAAAUACCUGGUAGUGAAUUUAGGAAACCGCUCACUGUCAUAUUUUGACCAGAUAGAAUGUGAACGUGAUGUCUAGUUAUAUUAAUAGGUGAGAUUCUUUUUAUUUGAUCGAAGUAUAUUAAUAAUUCAGAACUUUUUAAUAGUAAACCUGAAACUAUCUUGUUAUACUCGUAAUUUAAUUAAUUUCUUAUGCGAUUACAAUAUAGAUAAUAUAUAAUCAACAUUGCAUUGGACAAGUAUUAUUAGAGAUGUUGAAAAUAAUCUCACUUAGUAAUUAUGACAUAGUCGUGAUACUUGUACUUUACUUAUCGGCAAUUAAUAAGAAUUAUGUGAUGCUGAAUGUAUCUAAUUAAGCACGAGAUACUGCAAAUCUACUUAAAGUUAAGUAUUAACUUUGACUAUGAGUUUUAUUUCAAAUUUGUAACGUGUAUUUAUCAUCAAGAACAUCAAAACUUUUUUAUGUAGCAAGGAGCACGUUGUUACAAUUUUCAGAUUAUUUUCAGGAUAAUAGUAGCUAUCAAACAAUUUAUAAACUUUAUUACUUCAUUAGUAUGUCUUAUCUAAAAACAUUAUAAACAAAAGAGAUCACUCGAAACAGUCUUCUUACCUUUAUGAAUAAUUAUAAUAACUAAAUCGCACUUUUAAAAACAACUAUAGCUGGCAGGAACUUUUUCAAACCCUAUAUAUAUCCAUAUAUAUUCAGGCUGUCUGUACUCGAUUAAAUUGGUUUUCAAAAGCACCAUAAACUCCUACAUCUAAGGGUUGUAAAUUGUGAGACCGGGGCGGUGGAAAUGACAAUAUUAUUAUAUUGUUAACUUUGGCUUUCUCAACGACGUGAAAAGUUACAUGAGAUCUGUGGUUAUCCAGAAGGAGGCGGAAGGCUUGACAUGUUGAAUUAAGUGAUCUAUAACUUUUAAAAAUUCUACUAGCGUCAUCCACCCCAAGGAAUACCUGCUCCAAACGUAUGUGACGGUCCAACACGAAGAAAAAGAUCUUAUUCUAGUGAACACGAAUAUCGGCGGAACUGAAUUGCCAGCAGCAUUUAUGGCACAUGCGAAUAUUUUUUUAAGCGUCUGCACCGUCGUGAAACCCGUUUCGUCAAGGUUCUAUAUGCGCGAAGAAGUGAAUUCAUAUUUGUCAAAAAAAUCUUCAACGUUGGCUCUGUUGAACGACAUUUAUAUACUCAAAGAUGUAGCUUCUGGUGUUCAUAGAGAUACCUAAGGAUUUCUAGCCAUAAUACUUUUAAACCAGUCAGGAAUAUUUUUAAAUCGAGUUUUGUUUCCUGUGAGAAUACCAAUCUAGGUUUAACGUAACCCAAUGAACAACUUUCGUUGUUUUUGUUUUUUUUUUGACAUACCUGGAUAAGGACAUCGAACGCAAAUUACUAGGACAUUUUACUAGCUUUACGAAUACUCGUUUUAUUCUGCAGGACUUCAUAAACUUCUUGACUAGUUGUACCUCUAUGUGUUGUUUUCCUUUUAACUAGUUCCUCAUUCUGAAAAUAAAAACAAAGAAUAUUAAGUAUUUUUAAAGUAUGAAGACAAAUUUUUUGGAAUUGAUUGCUACAACUUACCUUAAAAAAAUUGUAAUUACCUGCCCUAUGGCACGUUUUUUGAUUUUUAUUAUAAAUGUUCAGUCACCAUUAAUGGAUGUAGAUAAUAGAAAAAACAAUAUUGCAAGUUAAAGGUAGAUAUAUUAUGAAUAUUGGAGGUUGAAAAUUUUGAGAAAAUAAAAAACAUAGACAUCAGGAAUCAGAAAUUUCGUAAAGGAUUUUUUUACUUACUUGGCUUAAAUCUAGACGCAUGCACAUUAGCAGCUUGACGUUUGGCGACUCACUGAUCGUUUUUAUUUAUUGCACGAUGUUAUAAGAAAACAAAUGAGUCUAAUUAUAACCAAAGAAUUAAAAAUCCCGGUAAAAAGGUGUCUUACCCCUGCAAAAACGUGCCCCCCCUCCCCUAAAAUAAUUACAUAGCUUGAUUUACAACGUUUUAAGUUUCGAGGCAAUUUUUCAAAAUGUAAAAAUUUAUUGUUUCUGAAUGAAAUCUCAAUAAAUCUAUAUUUUGAACAAAUAAUUACAAUUUUAUCACUAAAUGCUGUUUUCUUGGUAAUUCGGGAGACGGUAUCAUUUUUUCCAGUUUUUAUUCAUUGAAUCGCUUUUUUUACAAUCCCAUCAUCAACAAUUUAGUAAAAUAUGUGUACUAUGAUUUAAACAAUGACUGUACAUUGGAUAUUAUAGAAAUUACAUACUCAAUAGUUAUUAAUAGAUACGGAAAAGUACAACCAACAAAUUUUACAGUUUAUAUUUACUUUCAAGUUAACGAUGAUUCUCGGGUUGAUUUCGCAUCUAUUAACAUUAUCAUUCCGUCCAAAAUUUUGUUUCGGGCGUUAAUACAACAAUUUUUAUAUUUUUAACAGUACUACCAAUAGAAAAACAUAGGAAACAAUAGAAUUUCCAAUAUUAAAGGAAACACCAGUCGUUACGUAACUUAUUAAAAAUGAGAAACAGAUCAGAUGAGAAAAAUGAUUUAUUUUUCUUUAAAUUUAAAUUUAAGUCAUUUUCAAGUAUUUCAGUGACUAUAUGCCUCUUUAGAUUAUAUGUGCCCAGUUCAACUGCUUUGCUAUUUCAAUGAGAGAGACGGUACUAGAUUUAUGAUAGUACCAUCUCGAAAUGUGUAUUCAAUGGACGAGAAAUAUUGUUGAACUCAAUUCCUUUAUGAAAAAAGGAAAAGUUAGCUUCGAAAUAUAUUCUUUCAUACAAAAAACAGCGACUGGAAAUAGUAUAUAACGGGUUUUUAUAUAAACUGAACACUGCUUCAAUUUUGUUACAAACAUAUGAAUGUUUUAUGGAAUCAUAAAAUGCUUUUCACAGAAUUGAAUAUUUUUUAUAUAAUAACUUCAUUGUUUCAAAUUAGACGACUUUUUUUUAUAUAUUGUAGUUAGCUUUUUUACAUUCUUUUCUUCAAUUCGCUUCGUUGUUUGUGAGUGAGUCCCCAAAUUUUGCGACACAAUUUUUAAUUGACUUUGAAGUUACUUAAACACCUCAAAUCCUUUUCAAGCUCAAAUAUCUCACUUAAAAUAGAUACAUUUAUAGUUCCGAAUAUUCUAUUUCCAUUAAAAAGCCGUAUUUUAGACACUAUAACUAAUUAAAAUGAGCAGUAUAAUUUCAACGUGAAAAUUGCAAAAAUCAUAUACUUUUGCAGCUUGUUAUUAAGCCCUUUUUAUUCGAAAAGAAUGUUUAAAAUUUCAUAUUCGUAUGGUCUCAUUCUCAUGAUAUAGAACAUGGAUAUACAUACGUAAUUUAAAUCAACAAUUACCAAUAAAAUUAAUAAAAAAAAUUAAUACAUCGCAGUAUAGAAUAAUGUAAAAAAACUGCUGGAAAUGACGCCCUAGUACAUAUCGUUUCCUUAAGUUGGUUAAACUAUUCGAAAUAGCGUUAUGUUGAAUCCAAUUUAUUUCAUGAACCAAUGCAUAAACUUUAUUUUUGAUGAUCUCAACACUUUUCUUAUUAUUGAAGCAAACUUUUCCUUUGAGGAACAGGCACAAAAACGUAUCUAAUUGUGCAAAAUCCAAAUUCAUGGAACGGAAGGAAUAUAAUAAAUUCAAAGAUCCAAUAGGUGAUUUGCACUCCUAAAACUCUGAGGCGUUCCGUCCUGUUUCUGUUUUUUACACCAGUUCUUUUGCGAAAAACUGUUGCCCUCCAAUAAGCUGAGCUAUUCUUGGUGGUAUCUGCUUCAAAUAUAUUCCACCAACUGUGGAAAACAAUUAUUCAUUCGUUCAUAUUAUACAAUUGAAUUAAUUAUAAUCUUAUUUGUUAUAGUACAUGCCGUCACAAUUAUAAAUUGCUUUUGGAAAGUUUUGUGACGAGAUGCUUCUGGUAAUUAGUGUGGCAUAUACGGGUUCCUUUUCAUUACUAUUGAGUUCACGUAACGCUUUUUUAUCCAUUUUUAACUUCCAGCUUUUAUCUGUUUAUUUCUAUCGAAAAAAAUGAUUGUCGUGUAGUUACCAAUAAAGUUUUUAGAUUUAUCGUAGUUUAUUACUGAGUCAGACGGCUCUUGAAAUUUAAAACUGGUAGUUCUCAAAAUAAUGUCUGUAAAAAAAUAGAAACAUAUAGAGGAGAAAUUUUUUCCAUUAUUACCAGUCAGUUGCAUUUGUACAAGUUUGGUAGGUUUUUCAAUCUCUAUCAGUUAUAAAAUUACAAGGUAAGGAAAUUAUAGUGGGAAGUUUUUUUAUCAACGUGAAGUCUUAAAAAGUUGAAUAAAAUAUGUUUUUGUUGUUUUAUAUCAAGUUUCUCACACUCUACAUCAUAUUUUUAUGUAAUUAAAAAAAUUAACAAUGAUCGUUGAUUAGCAUACGUGUAAUAAACUAUAUUAGAAUUUUAGUUGAUACUUGUUACAAGCUUGACAGUUGAAAAAAAUCAAUCGAAUAACAAAGAAGUGAGAAAUUUUAUAGAUUAAUUAGAUCUUUUAUGUUUUAGAUUUGUUAAACUAUAAUUAUUUGAUGGUUUCAGGUUUUCUUUAAGUAUACUUAGCCAUUUUAGGAAAGCUUCUUCAUUUAAUGUAAUGCGACUUAAAAAUAAAGUUUAUCAAUGAAAUAUGUACAUGAGUCUUCAGGAGAGCGCAUUACACUUAGCUUAUUAUUAAACAGUCGAGUCGGUUUUUGACAUGAAUUGACAAAAUGUUUUAACUGUAUUCAAAUUAUGCAGCUAACUUUAAAGAUAGUUUUAGUAUCAAUAUUUGUACGUAAUGGAGAAUUAAAAAUUUGAGAGGCAAGAAGAUGACAGAUCUCCCAAUUUUUCACAUUGAAAAUUGGGAAGUUUAAUGCAAAAAUAACUUCUUAAGGACGUUCCUAAGAAAAUAAUUUUGCCUGGAAUCUUCUGAAAAAUUCAAAUACAUAUUCAAAAGCGUCCUCUAAAUGUGAAAUUUGUUUUCAUAUAUUGCGGCAGUAAAUUUUCAAAAAUUGGCGGUUAAAGAUAAUAUAUUCAACACGUGAAAUGUAUUAUGGCCAAUAGUAAAACGAAAAGAGUAGCAAUAAUCUUAAUUAACUGAAAAUCAUUAUUUUAUACUAUAUUAUUAUUAAAAAAAAGUUUCACUAAAAGUAUUUUUCUCGUAAUAAGAAAGUGUGUGUGUGAGUAUCUUUAAUUUUUUUUUUAUUUUCCAUAAUUAACGACUUAGUAACUAACUAAUUGAAGGGAUCCGUGCCCCUCAACCAGAUGUUAUUUUCUGCGAACAUCUAUCAUUAGGUCUUGGACGAAUUGAACAUCUAUUUUACGUAUUAUUCUAAAAUUUCUACGAUGUAAUUGUACAACGUUACUUAUUUUCCAUCUUCCAUUAAACACUUUGCGAAAUAAAAGUGCCCAAAAAUCUUCAAUUGGACGGACCUCUCACAUUAUGUGUAGAUUUACCUCUUGUCUAAAUCGCACAUUAGACAAGAACUUUAUCAGACUUAUAAGACAUUUUAAUGCAACACACUUGUCUUACUAAUGUCAAGAAUAUAAACAAUUUUUUGUUUACAAAGCCAUUUUGAUUAUAACGACCUAUUUUAAACUUUAAGGUAGCUUAACAUGGUGCAAGAAACUGCAUGCAAUUUUUUCCAAAGUCAAAAUAUUUCAUAUAUUGAUAUUGCAUGUCGUUUGAAAUUAUGCAAGUCUCUUACCACUGCAUCAUGGAUGCCCCUAACAAAAAUUCCAUUGGUAAAUUAAACAAACUUUUUACGUCAAAUUUUAUUUAAUAUUUUGUGAUCGGUUUAAAAAUGAAAAUAACAAAACUAAGUGGAAUGAACAAGAAAAAAGUGGUCAGUGAAGAACUGGCAAUAAUGAUAUCUGCGGCCGCCUCGCUUUUGGAGCCUGAUGGACAGAUUGGUUGUUACGCGACUUCUCCCUAGAAUUGCAACUUGCACACAAUUAAAAUAGUAUCAAAUCGUUAAUGUUGCAAGUGCGAGAUUUUGCAUGAGACAAUAAUCUGAACUUAAUCUGGCAUGCUUUAGAUCAAGAAAUAUUGCGUCUUGCAUUGCAUUAUGUCAAGCAGUUUUUAAUUUGAUGCCAAAACUAUUGCGAUAUACGUUGUUCUUGGGAACGUCCUUAACAAAAAACUUUAAUUUCUGUGAAAAACAAUAUGACCAGGUACGGUAGGUAAAUUAUAAAACCUUAAUCUGAUUUAUAAACAUUUCUCGUUGUUAUAUUUUAUUUUACAUAUACCGGCAAAAUAAUCCACGCUAUAAUUUUUAAUUUGAAAGAAUCAUCUGAGCUUAAAUUCUGAAUUUAAAUUGAAUGAAAGAAAAAUUGCGUACAACAAUCCUAUUAUUUCCGGAACUGAAUAAUAUUUGAAACUGAAAAAUAUGUUGAAGGGAUAAUUCUGUGACUUUAUCACGUCAUGAGAUAAAAAGCAGGUAUUUUAAUAACGACAUUUUUAGACUUUCUUUUAGAUCACCUCUUGGUCUUGUGAAUAACUUUGUUCUUAAUUGACAUGUUGACAUUUUAAACGCAGCUUUACACAUUAUCGAAUUUUAGUUCAAAUUUUUAUCUCAGGAACCAAGUUUGAGAUUCUUCGUAACUGGUAAUAACCAAAUGAAAUUGGUAUAUAUAGAGAAUAUAUAAAUUUUCAUAAGACCUGUCCCAGUUUCUAUAUUCAGUAAAUUCAACCUUUCAGCGCAAAUUAUAUAAUUUACCUGCCUAACUAGCUCUUUUAUAAGUGUGAUGUUGACUCUUAUUAUUGAAAAGAUGGUAUUGUACGAAUGGUUGUCGAUGUAAAAAAAUGUAAAUAUUGUAUUGUGUACAGUAAUAUAUGUUUAUGUGCUUUUAGAUAUAGUUAUAUAUUAUUUAACUAAUAUGAAACAGUUAAACCUAGAAAUUCGGAAAACAAGAAAUUACUAAAUCCAAUUAGAUCAAUAAAUCCCAUUGUUCUCACUGGCUGAUCAAGUAUUAGGAUGAUGAGUUUUACCAUUAAUUUUCAAUUUUUUUUUAUUUCUUGAGCAAAUAAUUGAAUUUUUAAUCAUAAGUAAAACGUGGUUUUGAAAUAUUACAACUUAAUUAUAUUGCAGAGAAGUAAUGUACGAGGGGUAAUCAAAAAAUAUGGCGAAUUAAAAGACAAAAACAAGAAAUUACUCAAGUUCAAUAUACUAUGUACUUAUCCCAAUGUUGAAUUCAACCCUGGAAGGCUUCUUUCGGAAUAGCUGCUGUAUCGCAAUCUUAGUAAUGACGUGAAUGCUGUCAAAACGUUUCCUUUUUAGUACAUUUCGGAAUUUUUAGAAAAGGCAGAAGCCUUAUAGUGCUGAAUCUGGGGGAUGUGGACAGACAUGAAUAUUUUUUGAUGCCAACAACUCGCAAAUCGUAAUCGACUUAUGGCAAGGAGCGUUGUCAUAAUGAAAAAGGAACACCCUUUUUCUUCACACAUCGUUUAGCAAAAGCUCAAAUAGUCCUUUGCAAAAUUCGAAGUUCACUGCUGCUCACAAUCGAAGUAAAACAAUGACUAUGAUCUUAAUGUUCAACUUUGGUUUACGGACAUUCUUCAUUUAAGUUGACAGCAGUAGCGGCUUCAUCUCUGUUAUUAAAGGGUUGCUGGAUAACAAUUAUACUAAAACGGAAAACUAGGAAAAUCUCGUUUGUAGCAAUCACAUUUCAUUUAGUAAUGAUAAACCUCAAGUAGAAACCCUGUCGUUACCAAAGGACUUUUAAAUCUAACGUUUGAGUAGGAAAUAUUUGUUGUUUAUUUAGUAUUUAUAUACACAUUAGCCUUACGAAGUUAUUUAUUAUCCUAAAUAUUUUGAGCUCAAGUUGAGGUCCAUAUGUCAGCUAUAUCAUUUUGUUUGUUUUUCUUAUCAUUAGAACUGAAGUAAUGUCCGUUCAGUUCAGUUCGUUUAAUUUUGAUUAUAAACAUUUUACAUUUUUGACUAGUCAUUAGAUUAAUGUUAACCCUGACUUCAAACUUCCAGUUUUAGUAAGCAAUAGUUAGAUUUGGAUAUUUGAUUGUUUUCCAAACUUUUAGAAGAUGUCAUUUCAAACACAAAUCAAUUUGUGUUUGGUUAUAUUUUGUUGUACAAAUUUUAUUGGACUAUUUAUAACAUAAUUGACAUAUUGUUUUUGUUCCUAUAUUGAGGUAUUAGUCAUACUUAAAGUAAUUACGAUGUAUAUCUUGUUAUUAAUCACUCUCGGUAUAUUAGAGUAACUACUGUAAAAGAUAUGUAAAGAUCAAAAAUAAACAUAGAAUAGUUUGUUUGGAA